AUGGCGAUAGCAAAGGAGCUGGGCCCUGACACGCCCUUCACGCACUUGUCGGGCUCUGAAAUCUUCAAAGUGGUGGAAAUUGAAAUUGACCAGCCCACCGGCAGCGGAGCAGCAAGGACAGGCCGCAUGUCUCUCAAGACUACAGAAAUGGAAACUCUCUAUGACUUGGGCUCCAAGCUUAUAGACGCCUUAACAAAAGAAGGAGUGACUGCGGGAGAUGUCAUUUCUAUUGACAAGGCCAGCGGCAAAGUUUCGAAAAUUGGUCGAGGGUUUGCGCGGGCAAAGGACUUCGACGCUGUGGGGCCCACCACCCGCUUUGUCCAGUGCCCCGAGGGCGAACUCCAAAAGAGGAAAGAAGUUGUCCACACCGUCACUCUGCACGAAAUUGAUGUUAUCAACAGCAGGGCGCAGGGCUUUCUGGCUUUGUUUGCGGGAGACACGGGAGAAAUAAAAGGAGAAGUUCGAGAACAAAUUGACGCCAAAGUCGCCGAGUGGAGGGAAGAGGGAAAAGCCGAAAUCAUACCCGGCGUUUUGUUUAUCGACGAAGUCCACAUGCUGGACAUCGAGUGCUUCUCCUUCCUCAACAGGGCCUUGGAAAGCGAAGCAGCCCCCGUGGUGGUGAUGGCCACCAACAGAGGCAUCACCACCAUUCGAGGCACUGACUACAAAUCUCCCCACGGAGUCCCGCUGGACCUUCUCGACAGGACUCUCAUCAUCGCCACAGAGCCCUACUCUGAGCACGAAAUGAUGAAGGUGCAGCAGCAGCAGCAGCAGCAGCAGCAGCAGCAGCAGCAGCAGCAGCAGCAGCAGCAGCAGCGCAGGAGUGGCAGGAGUGGCAGGAGUAGUGGCAGCAGUAGCAGCAGCAGGUGCAGCAGAAGCAGCAGCAGCAGCGCAGGAGUAGCAGGAGUUGCAGGAGUAGCGGCAGCAGUGGUAGCAGCAGGGUUUAGGGUUUUGCAGAUAAUCGAGCUGCGGGCGGAAGAGGAAGACGUGGAGCUGGAGGCGGAGGCGCAGCAGCUGCUGUGCCGCGUGGGGCUGGAAAGCUCUUUGCGCUACGCGCUGCACUUAAUAACAGUGGCGAGUUUGGUGGCGAAGAGAAAAAAGAAAACUUCUGUUGGACUUGAAGAAGUCCGCAAGGUCUACAGCCUCUUCCUCGACGUCAAACGCAGCACCCAGUACCUCGUGGUCAGCAGCAGCAGCAGCAGCAGCAGCAGCAGCAGCAGCAGCAGCGGCAGCGGCAGGUGUAGCGCAGCAGCAGCUGCAACGGGAGCGGGUGUCGCAGCAGCAGCAGGUCUAGAGCAGCAGCAGCAGCAAGUGUAG